AUGGCACUGCUUGCGGACAUCGUCGAAAUAAUGGAGCCAUAUCUUGUCGAUGAAGGGACCAAGGUUCUUGUGGGCCUACAGAAGUGCAAAUACUUAGGGAAGAAAAUUAAGGCACAGCGUACACCUCAAUGGCCUGUGCCGAUUACCACCACCUUGCCCUCGAAGGAUAUCUGUGAUGCGCUCGUGGAUUGUUAUUUUCGGACUUUUGAGCGAAUCUACAGGAUUUUGCACAUCCCAUCAUUCAAGAAAGAUUAUGACAUUUUUUGGAAUUCUGAAAAUCGGCACGAUCCUGCGUUUUUAGCCCAGUUGAAAUUGGUGCUCGCCAUUGGGUGCGCAACGUACGAUGAUCAAUUAUCACUACGGUCCCUCGCAAUCCAAUUUAUCUACGAAGCUCAAACGUGGCUUUCUGAGCCCGAAUAUAAGGCACGACUUGGAAUCCCAUUCUUGCAAACGCACAUUUUGCUUCUCGUGGCUCGGGAAACCUUGGGAGUGGAUGGAGGAAUGAUCUGGAUUGCAGCAGGCACAUUAAUCCGAACAGCUGUAUACAUGGGACUACACAGAGAUCCAGUUCAGAUACCCAAUUUAUCAAAGUUUGCAUCGGAAAUGCGCCGCAGGCUAUGGAAUACCAUCUUGGAGAUUUGCCUGCAAUCUAGUAUGGAAUCCGGAGGACCCCCAUUCAUUUCGAUUGAAGAAUUCGACACAGAACCUCCCAAAAACUUUGAGGACGACCACCUCACUACGGAAGACUCUAUGCCAUGUCCAGAGAACCAAUUUACUUCAGCUUCUAUAGCGAUUGCUUUCCGGAAGACUUUUCCAGUCCGCCUUGCGAUUGCGAAAUUCUUGAAUGAUACUGGCGGUCAGGGCUCAUAUGAAGAAGUUAUCCGUCUGGAUGCACGGCUUAGAGCCUCUUAUAAAGAAUUGCGUCGGACUGUCCAAGGGUAUCCAAACCCACAGCCUCAGUUCGAGAUCCUCAUGCUGGACUUUAUUAUCCGCCGCUACCUCCUUUCAAUCCACGCACCAUUUUUCGGACCGUCCUUUCUGGAGACGACUUACGCGUUCUCCAGAAGUGCGGUAGUUGAUACUGCUGUCAAGUUGUGCAACUGCGCUCGUAUAUCAUCACCUUCAUCAGGUUCAUUCUUGAAUAGAAGCAUGCCAUCCCCUCAAAUUGACUUCAGGCGACUGACAGUAUUUGGAUCAGGAUUCUUUCGUACAGCGCCAUUGCAUGCAAGUUUCUUAGUCGCAAUUGAGCUAAAAUCUCAAAUUCUGGCCGAAGAAGGCCUGGGACCCGUGUCUCUGAGACCUGAUCUUUUGUCCGUGUUAGAAGAUGCUAAAACCAUGAGUUUGCAAUGUAUUGAAGUUGGAGAAACUAAUAUCAAGGGUUAUUUGUUCAUGUCGCUUGUGUCGACUCAGAUCGAGGCUCUGGUACAAGGGGUCCCCAAGGAUGAGGUUGCAGGAAUGUUGAUUAACGCUGCCGAAAAGGCCGAAGAGAAGUGUCUGUCCAUUCUCGAGCCCAGGGCAGCCAAGGGCCAGAGCGAGAAGAUUAGCAAUGCUAUUGAGUCUGAACCUACGACACUACCCUCAGAGAUGGGGGAUGACUGGGAUUUCAUGAUGACUGAUGUGAAUUUCAAUUUCGCUGAUAUGGAGCCCGUAAGCUGGAUGCUGGGUAGUAUACCAUACGGCAUGCCAUGA